AUGUUUGUGAAAGUCACCGUUCUUGUUGUCUUGCUGUGCUUAGUCAUGGGAAAGAAGAGUACUACUACAAAGCACUACUUAGGAGCAUGGAGGGACAGAAAUGUUAAGGAUAAGGACGUCGUUGUACGUUGCUUUGGAAUCUUCUUUGUCGUUUACAGUUUGUUUUUAAUUCCACAUUUUCAGGAGGCGGCUGAUAAAUCAGUCGCGGCGUAUUCGAACCUCAAGCAAAUGAUGCACGGAGAUUUUCGAAUUGAGAAGGCACGUAGUCAAAUCGUUAGUGGAAUAAAUUAUGAACUGAGAAUCGUUGUGCGGUUUCCUCACUUCAACGAUUGCUAUGUCGACAAAAUGUAUGAACAGCCCUGGACCAAGACCGAGAGACACUCGUUCAAGAAUUGCACUUACAAUUAA